AUGAUACUGGCAAACCCUAUACCUAAUAAAGCGAACGAUUUGAGUAGAUUAUCUGGCGACGCAGAUGAUCAGCUUGGCUUGACUUCACCUAAUAACGUCAACGGUAGUACUCAAAAUAUCAACUCUUUUAAUCCAGUUUCCGUUUCAAGAGCCAGCACACCAAAUCACUCACACUCUUCUAUUCCUUCACCGAGAAACCAAGCACAGAUACAAACUGGUAAAUUUUUGCUCCUCUCACAGCCAGGUUUGGAAGAGGAUAAAAUUUAUAGCUUGAUUAUACAGCUUCAACAGCCCUCAACUAGAGAACAAGCUUUGUUGGAAUUAAGUAAGAGAAGAGAAGCUUACGAUGAUCUGGCUCUCGUUUUGUGGCAUUCAUUUGGCGUUAUGAGCGCUCUCUUGCAAGAAAUUGUCGCAGUUUAUCCUUUAUUAAGCCCUCCUUCACUUACUGCACACGCUUCUAAUAGAGUCUGCAACGCUCUCGCUCUACUUCAAUGCGUUGCAAGCCACAAUGAGACCAGAGGAUUGUUCUUAUCAGCUCAUAUUCCUUUAUUCUUAUAUCCAUUCCUCAAUACAACAUCAAAAUCAAGACCUUUCGAGUACUUAAGAUUAACAAGUUUGGGUGUAAUUGGUGCUUUAGUUAAACAAAAUGACAACUCUGAAGUUAUCAAUUUCUUAUUAUCAACAGAAAUUAUACCAUUAUGUUUGAGAAUAAUGGAAACUGGUUCAGAGUUAUCUAAAACCGUCGCUAUAUUUAUAGUACAAAAGAUUCUACUUGACAAUCUUGGUUUAGCAUACAUUUGUCAAACAUAUGAAAGAUUCUACGCAGUUGGUACUGUACUCGCGAAUAUGGUAAAUCAAUUAGUUGAAACUCAAGCAGUUAGAUUAUUAAAGCAUGUAGUCAGAUGUUACUUACGUUUAUCGGAUAACCCAAGAGCAAGAGAGGCUUUAAGAGCAUGUCUCCCAGAGCCAUUACGUGAUGCAACUUUCUCUGGAUUACUUAAAGGUGAUAUGGUAACAAAGAGAUGUCUGGCUACACUCCUACUUAACCUCUCAGAUAGAGUUGAGUAA